ACCUGCUAGCCCCACCGGUGGCUUCUAUUGGCUCCUGCCUGCAAAGGGGCGGAAUGCUAGGCUUGAGUAUGCCCGGAUGUUCCCAAGCAUCCCCUGGCUCGCCUCCUCUGGUUUCUGGUAUCGGGUGCCGUAAGCGACAUGGAUGGCGGGGAGGAGCAGGUGGUAUUGCUGCCAAGCCCUCAGGAGGGGGCCCGGUUGGCGACGGCGGAGAAGAAACAGGAAGAGCAGGGCUUUGAGCCACAGCCGGCUGCUGAAUAUUGCCUCGUGAUGGAGGCGCUGACUUGGAAGAGGCCGUUCUGCACCCUGGCCAGCUUCCUCUGCGCCAACCUGCUCUUCUGGUUUCUAGCACUAACUCCUUGGAAACUCUAUCAUCUGGUUUCACUCAUACUACUUGGUAUAGUCUUUAUGCAGAUGAUGAAGGCAUUGGUGCUGUCCAGAGUAAAAGGUGCGCAGUUAUGGCGAAGUCUCACUGACCACUGCAAAGUCAUUGAUUCUGAAUCAGAAAAUCGUCUUAGACUGAACCAAUGUAUAGAAGAAGCAAUGAUGAGUUUCUUCUUGUUCCUCCAAGAAAUGUCUCAUUUUAAAGAACAGAACCCUGGCAAGUUUUGCCUUCUGGUCUGCAGCAUAUGCACAUUCCUCACAGUCUUGGGAAGUUACAUUCCUGGAAUUGUACUCUCCUAUCUUCUAUUGUUAUGUGCCUUUUUAUGUCCAUUCUUCAAGUGCAAUGAAUUUGGGCAAAAGUUAUAUAGCAACAUUAAGUCACAUCUGCUGAAACUGAAUUUUGGAAUACGAGACUUUAUCAACCAAAAGUUAAAAGACAGAGCUGAAAUGAUCAAAACAAAGCCAAGUGAGGAUGACAGUGAACUAGACGUAUCAGCUUUAUGUCCUAAGGUUAGCUCAGCAACUGCAGCCAAGGAGAUGUCUGUAUCAGACACUGAUAUCUCAGAGGUAUCUUGGACGGACAAUGGAACUUUUAAUUUAUCUGAGGGAAACACUCCACAGACAGACACAUCCGAUGAUUUUGAUCGGCCAAGUGAUCAUGAGGAAGCUUUCGCAAAAGAUCUUGCAGAAUUUCCAUCUGUAGAAAAUGGUGCGGGAACAAAUGAUGAUGAUGAUUCAAGCAUUGGCUUGCCAGUUCAGCAUGAGAGAGAAAAAUAUCAUCCCCCAACGCCAUUGGACCAGUAUUACAGGCAGGAUAAGGAGGGGCACUCUGCAGCAGGCCUUUCCUUGCCUUUGAUCAAUGACCAGGCCUUCAGCUUGGUGACAGCAAUUGCUGGUGAUGUUGUUACAUCUGUGGUAUCCGCAGCCAUGAGAACACAGUUGCAAUCUGUACAAGCAAUCCCAAGCAUAAGUGAAGAGGCAGACACAGAGGAAGGAGAUGAUUUUGAACUGCUUGACCAGUCAGAGCUUGAACAGAUGGAAAGUGAACUGGUGCUUACCAAAAGCCAAAAGGCAGAACCACAGGAAAAUAAGAAGUCUUCAGGCUUCCUCUCAAAUCUGCUUGGUGGGCAUUAAUGUGGAAAGUGAAGCUGCUUAAUAGUAUAUUGAAAUAAGUACAGACAAUGUGAAAUGCAAGGAGAGAAAUUAUGAGCUGUAAGCUUUAUCUAUUAUUCUAAAUGUGCUGUAACAUUCUUCAUGCAGAGUGAACUAACGUGUUUUAGAUCAGUUGAUGCUGGUAGCUUUGUUUCUGAUAGUGACGCCAUAGAAAUGAAAAAUCUAUCAUGUUAUAUUAAUUCACAGCAAUUUAAGAGGCUACUUAUACAAAUGUAGCUCAGUUUUGGCUGUUGCCAAAUCUUUGUCACCUUUAGCCUGUUUGUUCUUUCCCCCCCUCCCCCAAGCAUUUAGGCAGCAAUAUUUCAGGGAAAGAAAAUAUCUGCAAAAUUCAAGAAGCCAUCAUGUCCUAUAUGUGUCUCCUAUGUAGCAGAAUAUGUAAACCUCCAGAGUAAACAAGAGUCUGAACACUUUUGCUGCUAUCAUUUCUAAUAUACUAAUCCAUACAUUCUCUAAUUGGAUAGUCAUACAAACAAUGUAUUACCUGUCUGAAUCUUCAGGUACUCAUAUGGAUUAGCUAGAGAAGGCAAUACCUUUUCAAACUACAUUAAUUCUUACUGGCCUUGGAGUUAGGCAAAUGUCCAUAUUCUCAUGUACCAUCUCUAACUUUGUACUUGGUCCCUAUUACAACUACUUGUAGGACAUACGUCUGUUGUGUGGAGGUGAAUUUGGGUUGAGUAGGAAUUGAUUAGGAAAAAAUUCAAAACAAAUUGAAUUGACAAUUUUUUACUUUCAGUUCCAUUAAUUUUAAGUUGUUUAAUGUUAUAUUUAAUCAAAAUAUAAAAUCCAUACACAUCUGAUUUAUUUAGUUCUGCAAGACUACUAUUACAAAGGAAAUAAAAAUAUUCCUGGCACAUAAAUAUAAAAUGCUGCUAAUUUUAGGACAUUGUACAUCCUGUGGCUGACUCUGAGAAGAAUCUUAAAUUAGUAAAUCUUCUAUUAAGCAUUAUGUAUUACCUUUAAAAUUCAUGGUAACAUGAGUGCCUUAACAAGUUAACCAAAUUUUAAAAAUAAAUAUCCCACUAGUUUUACUACCAUGUUGUAAGAAGCCAGCAGAUUAAGGGACCAUAUCAGCUGCUCUGAUUCAUCUCCAACUUGUAGAGAUAUUUACUCUCAUUCUAACCAGUAAAUAUAGUAAUUUUGUGACCCCUUACAGUAAAGGUGCAGUUUAAAGAGAAGUUUAUUUUCUUCCUCCUAUGUUUAUUGAUGUAAUGGUAUAUGGAAUGACCUUGAGAGAUGAGGGGAAGAGAUGCUGCCUAGGGAACAAUCAGAUAAAAUGGGGAGGAGCCCAUAGCUGCAUAAUGGACAGAGAAAGAAACUUAGGAAGGAUCUGCCCUAACUUAUCAGAUGGUAAAAAGAGACGGGACAUUUGUACUUUCAGACUUGCAAGAUUCUGUUAAUGUAGCCUUACAAUAAAGUAGAAUUAGCUCAUCUUGUUGUGUUUCCUGUCUGGUCAACUAGGAGGCUGACAGGUAGCCUGCAAGGUAAAUGUUGCUUUGCAACAUGCAAACCUGAGCAAAAUGUUAUGCUAGAAGUUCAAUUCCAAGUCUUCUCCCUCCUACCUUCUCUAAAACAUUCAGUAAAGUCCAUAUACUCAAGGCUAAACUAGUCCAGUGGCAGUUCUAACCCCAAAGCAGAUUGGUCAACAAUUUCUAUACAUCUUUACCAAAUAAAGUGUUUCAGAUAUGGAAGUACAGAGAAAUACUCAGUUGCAAUAACUCAGAGUGAAAACAGGACAUAGGGAUUUAGAAAGUACUACAGAUAAUCCUUCCUUAAUAACUGCCCAUUUAGCAACCCUUUACACUGAAAAAAUAACUUUAUGACCAGUCCUCGCACUGCAUCCCUGUGGUCACAUGAUGAGAUUGGAGCAUUACGCAGCUGGUAGCUAUUUAUGCCUGUCACAGUGUUUCAUGGUGAUGUGAUCACCAUUUCUGUGCUUCACAGCUGGCUCCCAACAAGCAGAGUGAGUGGAGAAACCAGCAGUAAAAUUGCAAGUUGCAGUCACAUGAUGUCUUGCUUAACAACUGUGGUUGAUUCACUUAACGACCACAGCAGAAAUUAUGUUGUAAGUCCGUCGCAGUCACAUGUCUUGCUUAAUGACCAUGUUGCUUAGUGACAGAGUUGCCGGUCCCAAUUGUGGUUGUUAAGCAAGGACUACCUAUACACAGUUUAACUUAUCAUGUAAUGUCAGUUCUGCUUUUUAUUAUUCAGGAUGUUCCACUCACUUUUUUAACAUGGAGUAACAUAAAUGAAAGUGGUUUUAGACUGAGCAAAAGAUGGGUGUCAUCACAUAAUCCUAAGCAUGUUUACUCCAAAGUAAAUAGGGUACUGCGCAGCAUUAGAAGAGGUGCUAUAGAAAGCAAUCCUCUUAGAAACUUUGAGGCAGCCACAUCCCCCAGAAGCUUCAGCAUACUUGGCUUUCCUAUGUCAUCUCCAUGUGCAUCUAUAGCUACUUUGUUUUACUGGCAGUCCCAGUGGAAGUGUUGUCUGUACAUGGAUAUUCAGGCAACCUGGGGAAAACCUUCAAAACAGUUGUGUUAAGUCUUUUGUGUAUAGUUGCCUCAAAGUUUGAGGGGUGCUUUGCUCAAAUCAAUGUGUUUUGCGAAGGGUCCUUUUCAAAUUCUUUGCACAGUCCUAAAAGUAAAUCCCCUUAAGACAUACUUACAAUCUCUUUCUAAGGAGAACAUCUGGUUUCAACAAAAUCAAUGUUCUGUGAGCUUGGUCUAAUACUAGGCUGACAGCUGACAGUUCUCACCAAUCAAAUAUAUGUUUGUAUAGUUCUAGCUUUGAUACUGCUGGGCAGUUUCAUCAUUUAAAAUAUAAAAUAGAAGACUUCCACUGUAUAGAAUGCAAGCUCAUUAAAUUAUGCUUCCUUUUUAUAAUAAAGUUAAUGGAAUCUUACCAUUAAAUGUGUAAUGCUAUAAUCCAAAACACAUAGGAAACACAUAGGAGUAAGUGGGAUUUACUUCUAAGGAAACAUGCUGCAGAUCUAAAGAGCAGGGAGGUGGCUGUUGUAAGUUAAACUAAUAAGAGAAUCUUCCUAAUUCUAUUAAUUGUGCUGUGAACUGUAAUUGUGUGCACUUUAUUAUUUUCUUUAAAUAAAUGUUUCAGGGAUUUUCAAAUGUCAGAUACAGAGGUACGGUUUUAGGAAUGAAGUUCCAUCACUGAGAACAGCUGAAGGGUCUACUUAAGACUUCUUGUAAGCAAUUCUCUUUCUGGUUUUCAGGUAAACAGUUAUAAUCCCAUAUUUUGAGUUACCUACCUGGGCAUCCCAAAAACAUUUGUGUAGUUGCACUGAUUUCCUUAUUGUCCAGUAAUUUAUACUGAAAAAAAAUAAUGGAUUGGAACCUUUAUAUCUUUGGGUUUAUUUUUGAACAUACAGGAUAAAGAUCUAUUUGUGGCACUCCCAAAGGUCUGAGCAUGCUAAAAAAAAAUUUCAUCUUAGUUUGUUGUUGUUGUCAUUGUUAAAUAAAAAAUUCCAGUUACCAAGCCUCAAAAUAAGUUUAAUAAAUAGAAAUGCUCUUCAGUUAAAAAGUGGCUUGGCUUAUGGCAUAUUUGACAAAUCUGAGCCUUCCAUAAACCAGAGUGAUUUGUGUGUUUUUUUUCAAUUCUGGCUGUGCUUAUAGUCAGUGAAUAUACUGAUUCCCCACUGAUUUAAGAUAUAGUAAUCUUUCCACCACUAGCUUAUUGAGGAGAGAACUUAAAAAAAACGUUUCAAGCUGUACCAAUAUUUCAGUAUGAAUACUUCAGAUUUUUGGAUAUCUGUCAUUGCAGGGGCAUAUAAUGAUAUAUAAUCACAUUAGCUUUAUUCUUUUGAAAGAACAGAAACAAGACCAGAAGUAGCCAAUUCAAGCUUAAUAGGCAAAACUUUAGAAAAGUAGAGUGAUUACAGCUUAUAAAUGAUAAAGAAGCUAACUCCACAAAUGGCAGGUCUAAGCAAAAGAUGCUGCAGUGCAGAACUAUUUUAGUAUGCAAGAAUUGGGUAAUAUUUCUCUUUAUUUCAAAAAAGGUAUUUGUGGCAUAAGGUGUGUCCAUCACAAAAUCCUCCCCUUCCACAAGCCUUUUUUAAUACUCAUUUGCAUUGUGCUUGACUUACUGGGGAGAACUUUCUGAGCAUGCAUCUCCUCUUGAGCCAUGCAUCAUUAUAAAGACACUUGAGCAUAACCUUAAGUGUAGCAGCUUCACAGUUUUGCCUGUAGCCUGAAGCUUGUUUAACUCCUCCUGAAUUAUAUCCAAGAGUGUUCAAAUUGUAAUCAAGAAUGGUAUCUUGGACUUUCACAGCAAAAUGGAUAAAUAACAAAGGGUAAAUUGCAAAGCAUAUUUUCUUGGAAAUAAGAAUCUUCACAGUGAAAUAUUCUGUGUAAACAGGUUAAAAUCCUAAACCUACUUUCUUGGAAGUAUAAAUUACAUUGAAACCAAUGAGUGUGAACCAACAGAGUGUUCCAGAGUGGGUGGCCAUAAGAAGUUUAAUAAGUAAAUAAUGAACAACAUUACUAAAAUGUUUUUAAGAAACAAACAUAAAGGCUUGAAUAUAUUUCCAACAAGUGGAAAGCUGAGAAUGGCAGUUUUCAAAUGAUACUUGCAAUAUUCUGCUUGGAUGCCCCUUGUCUUCUGUCCUGUUUAACAGCUUUAUUCCUCCUCUUUUUUUUAUGCCAAUGGAAGUGCAAAGGCACAAAACAUCCUAUAAUACCUUCCAAAUAAUGUAAUAAUAUUGGUUUACAGGUAAUGAUUGGCUAUUACAUAAUGUCUUGCAGUAUAGCUGUUGUGGUAGAUGGCUUCCAUAUUUCUGGUGAUAGAGCACUAAUGUUAUGUCGUAAGCCUAAAACAAUUUUAUGUAAGCAUAUUUUGUUACAGAAAUGCAUCAUAUCUAAAAAGAAUCAUACAAAAAAUCCUAGUUCUGAGUAAUAUCAGAAUUUUAAAUAGAAAUUAAUGUCUGUGGCAUUCAUAUUACUAGUUCUGCCCAACAUUUCCCAUUGUUCCCAUCAACUAACUAUUCAACCACAACUCUUAGGCUGCAGUUUAGUUAGAAUAUUCUAAAAUUUCAACCAAAAUGUAACUUUUGAGAUCUAACUAUACAUAAGAUUGGACUGUGACCUUUUCCCCCAGACCUCUCAAUUCAAGGAACUGCUCCUGUUCUCAAAGAAGUAAAACAAAAUAAUUAUUCACAAAGAUUGUCAUGUUCAAUAGAACCAUUAAAAAUAACGCCCAUGAAGCCAUUUUUUACCCCUGGAUAUCAGUGCUCUAAUUGGAAUGUUAUUUAAAUUCUGGAUCACAAGUUACCCAAUACUAUAAAAUACAUAGAAAUAUUUUCAAAACACACAAAGUUGGAAUAUGUGGAGGUACAUUAUAGUUAGGUUACUAUGAGAACGAGUGUCUAUUUUAUGCUCUUGACUUUUUGUAUAAAAACUAAUAUUAUUUUCAUGUUUGCACAAACUUGAUUUUAUUAGAAAAGCAGUGCAGUUUUUAGGCACUCUCUAGCCAAAUAACCAGAAACAGGAUUUUUUAAAAAGAAGUCUUAAUUUAUUUUAAGUAUUUUGCAGCACUUUAGCAUGAUUAUGAUUUAAUAAACAUGAAUUGAUGGUUAUGAAAAUGGUUUGAACUGUUUAAUGUCUGUUUUAUUUUUGUUAGAAACUACAUGUUAAUAUUUAACUCAUUGCCAUCUUUAUUUUGAUUUUUUAAUCUGUAUGAACCACUGUAAUCUUGAGGGACAUAUUAAAUAAAAUAUUUAAUCUUUA